AUGGACUCUCUCAUCGCAGCAAAUACCAAGUUUUGCUUUGAUCUGUUCCAAAAGAUCAGCACAGAUGACUGUCGGAAGAACAUCUUCUUCUGCCCGCUGAGUCUCUCGGCCGCGCUCGGCAUGGUCCGCCUGGGGGCCAGGAGCGGCAGCGCGCGCCAGAUCGACCAGGUACUGCACUUCAGCGAAUUUUCCCAGAAUAAAGGGAACGAGCCGGAUCCCUGCCUGAAAAAAGCAGAGCAAGAAGGGCCUGGCGAGAGCAACCUGGAAGGGCAGAAGGAAGUGACGGGGUCCCUGACGCUGCAGACCGAGUCUUCAAAGGAUGAGAGUGGACUGCUCAGCUGCUAUUUCGGGCAGCUUCUCUCCAAAUUAGCCAGGAUCAAAGUCGACUAUACCCUGAGUAUUGCCAACAGGCUUUACGGGGAGCGAGAAUUCCCAAUCUGCCCGGAAUACUUAGAUGGUGUGAUUCAAUUUUACCACACGACGGUCGAAAGUGUUGAUUUUCGGAAAGACACUGAAAAAUCCAGGCAAGAGAUUAACUUCUGGGUGGAAUCGCAAUCCCAAGGUAAAAUCAAGGAACUCUUCAGCAAGGACAGUAUCAACAAUAAGACUGUGCUGGUGCUGGUGAACGCUGUCUACUUCAAGGCCAAAUGGGAGAAAUAUUUUGACUGCGAGAACACGGUUGAUGCCGUUUUCUCUCUAAGUGAGAGUGAAAAGAAGAACGUGAAGAUGAUGAACCAGAACGGGCUGUUCAGAAUCGGCUUCGUGGACGAGCUGAAGGCGCAGAUCUUGGAGCUUCCGUACACGAAGGGGAAGCUUGACAUGGUCGUGCUGCUGCCGUCCGGCUCUGCGGACAACCUGAAGGCUCUGGAAGAGCUUGAAAGGAAUAUCACUUACGAAAAACUCGCGGCCUGGAGCAGUUCAGAAAAUAUGUCAGAAAAAAGAGUAGCUGUCUCCUUCCCUCGGUUCACCCUGGAAGACAGCUAUGAUCUCAACCCUAUUCUACAAGACAUGGGCAUCACGGAUAUCUUUGAUGAAACGAAGGCUGACCUUACUGGAAUCUCUCCAAGUCCCAGUUUGUACCUGUCAAAAGUUGUCCAUAAAACCUUUGUGGAGGUGGAUGAAAAUGGUACCCAGGCAGUCGCAGCCAGUGGGGUUGUCGGCAUGGAACAGUCCUCACCGUCCUGGGAGACAUUUAAUGCUAACCGCCCUUUUCUCUUUUUCAUCAGACACAACAAAACCCAAACCAUUCUCUUCUAUGGCAGGGUCUGCUCUCCUUGA